AAUAUUGAAUAUGGUGUUCGUGUUAGGUGUCUCUCUCAUUUUCCUCUAAUCCAUCUCUUCUCCCAAAAUCAUCCACUGCGCUCCUCUACAAAUCACACAGUCUUUAAGAAGAACAUUAAUUAUUAUCACCGAAUACCCAAUUAAAUUUUGUCGGAAAAUCGAUAUUUUCUUACAACCAGGCGAAGAACAACAACAACAACUCCACUCCUUUACAUUACACCAACGUCAUUUAAUCACCUUUAUGUGUAUUAUUGUGUUUUUAAUUUCUACUGCUCAUAAAAUCAUCACACCAGCUCACACCCACAAACCCAAUUCCUCUUUUUUCUUUCUUUCUGAAUAAUGAGACAAAUUUUGGGAUUUUUCAUGGCGGUUUCGCCGAUCUGGCAGUGGUCGUCGUCGGCGAUUUGAUGAACCAAUGACUUUUCCGGUGACCUUUCAAUUCAUUUCAUGGGGUUCAAGAUUUGUUCUACCAAUAUUAGUAUCAUCAGAUGCAUUGUUUUUCCCAGAAAGAAAUUGUCGACUGAGCUAUUAGUUCUCCAGAUUCUUUUAUUAUUAGUAUUUUUCAACAUCACUGAAGCAAAAUAUGGGGAUGAAGAUUUAGGGAUACAAAGAAGAGAAAAUUUUGGUGAAAAAAUUCAAUCACAUUCAUGCAUUCAUGACCAAAUAAUUGAACAGAGGAGGAAGAGACCUGGACACAAAGUGUUUUCUGUUACACAACAAGUUUACCAAGUGCCAAGUCAUCUUCAUCAUAAAGGAAGAGAAUUAUUGGGAGCUUCAAAAUCUUUGAGUUUUUCAAAAAAUGAAAAGUUACCCAUAAGAAUUUAUUUGAAUUAUGAUGCUGUGGGUCAUUCAGCUGAUAGAGAUUGUAGGAAUGUUGGUGAUAUUGUUAAGUUAGGUGAGCCACCUGUGGGUUCUGAUUCAGGUGGGCCCACAUGCAACCCUCACAACGAUCCUCCAAUUUUGGGUGACUGUUGGUAUAAUUGCACUUUGGAUGAUAUAACUGGAGAGGACAAAAGACAUCGCCUUCAAAAGGCUUUAGGGCAGACAGCAGAAUGGUUUGAAAGAGCAUUGGGUGUUGAACGUGUUAGAGGAAACUUGAGGUUAAGUGGUUACUCUGCUUGUGGUCAAGAUGGUGGUGUGCAGCUUCCACGUGAAUAUGUAGAAAAGGGCGUUGCUGAUGCGGAUUUGGUUCUUUUGGUGACUACAAGACCCACAACUGGCAACACCCUUGCUUGGGCAGUGGCAUGUGAACGCGAUCAAUGGGGUCGUGCAAUUGCUGGACAUGUGAAUGUUGCUCCACGCCAUUUGACAGCCGAAGCAGAAACAUUACUUUCAGCUACGUUAAUACAUGAAGUGAUUCAUGUCCUUGGAUUUGACCCUCAUGCCUUCACACAUUUUAGAGAUGAGAGAAAAAGACGACGUACUCAGGUAACCAAACAAAUGGUGGAUGAAAAGCUUGGGAGAAUGGUAACUCGUGUGGUUCUUCCACGUGUUGUUAUGCAUUCACGCUAUCAUUAUGGAGCAUUUUCUGAAAAUUUCACUGGUUUGGAGUUGGAAGAUGGUGGAGGGCGUGGAACAUCAGGAUCUCAUUGGGAGAAGAGACUUUUGAUGAAUGAAAUAAUGACUGGAUCGGUUGACACAAGAUCUGUAGUUUCAAAAAUGACACUUGCUUUGUUAGAAGAUAGUGGUUGGUAUGAAGCUAAUUAUAGUAUGGCAGAAGUUCUUGAUUGGGGAAGCAACCAAGGGACAGAGUUUGUGACUUCUCCUUGCAACAUUUGGAAAGGGGCGUAUCAUUGCAACACCACACAAUUUUCAGGCUGUACAUAUAACAGAGAGGCCGAGGGUUAUUGUCCAAUUCUAAAUUAUAGUGGAGACCUUCCUCCGUGGGCCCGUUAUUUCCCACAACCUAAUAAAGGUGGACAAUCAUCAUUGGCUGAUUACUGCACCUAUUUUGUAGCUUAUUCUGAUGGUUCAUGUAUAGACACUAACAGUGCACGGAUGCCAGAUAGGAUGUUGGGGGAAGUUCGUGGAAGUAACUCGAGAUGCAUGGCUUCUUCAUUAGUACGCAAUGGGUUUGUUAGGGGUUCUAUGGCUCAAGGAAAUGGUUGUUAUCAACAUAGGUGUGUCAACAUGACUUUGGAGGUUGCUGUUGAUGGGAUUUGGAAAGCUUGCCCUGAAGCUGGUGGACCUGUUCAAUUUCCUGGAUUUAAUGGUGAGUUGAUUUGUCCAGCUCAUCAUGAACUUUGUAGUGUGAAGAAGAAUCCUCUUUUAGUGUCAAGGCAAUGCCCUAAUUCAUGCAAUUCAAAUGGUGAUUGUGUUAAUGGGAAAUGUAUUUGCUUUCUUGGGUUUGAUGGGCAUGAUUGUAGUAAAAGGUCUUGCCCUAGCAAUUGUGAUGGGAAUGGGAAGUGCCUCAAAAACGGUAUUUGUCAAUGUGCAGAUGGAUUCACUGGGAUUGAUUGCUCAACUGCUGUUUGUGAUGAACAAUGCAGUCUUCAUGGAGGGGUAUGUGAUAAUGGGGUGUGUGAAUUUCGUUGUUCGGAUUAUGCGGGAUACACAUGUAGAAACACUUCAUUGGUUCUUGAGAAUCUUUCAAUUUGCAAACAUGUGUUAAUGAAUGAUGUUGAUGUUGGAAAUGGAAAUGGACAACAUUGUGCACCAAGUGAAUCGAGUGUUUUGAGGCAAUUGGAGGAUGUUGUGGUGAUGCCUAAUUAUCAUAGGUUAUAUCCAACGGGUGCUAGAAAGAUUCUCAAUAUCUUUAUUGGUAGAAAUUGUGAUAAAGCAGCCAAACGUCUUGCUUGUUGGAUAUCAAUACAGAAGUGUGAAAAAGAUGGAAACAACAGAUUAAGAGUAUGUUAUUCAGCAUGUCAAGCAUAUAAUCUGGCAUGUGGUGCAUCACUCGAUUGCUCAGAUCAAACACUUUUCAGUGAUCAAGAUCUAUGCACAGGUUUGGGUGAAAUGGAGUCAUGGUUUUGAAGAAUCACUGUAAAUUAUACAACAUUUUUUUUUUGUUCCUAUUAUACCCCUCUGAGUUCAAAUUUUCGUGGGCUGUAAUUUCCUAGGGUUUAUUGUAAAGAAAAAGCCUG